GAAAGAAGUACAACCGAAACUGCUGGAAGGUACGUGUAUGGUAUUGGUAUUUCUCUCACCAAUGGAUCAUGUGAUUCUGAUGUCCUCACGAUUCUGAGAUAGAACGUAGUGCAACGCGUGAGAGUCGUAGGCCAUAGUCAUGCAACAAACGGAAAAAGAGAUGCGCGAUCGUCGCUUUCCACGUGGAUACAGCGGUGGCUAAGAUGAAUGGACGACGCACUUGUAGGUAAGGAAACGGGUUUUCGCGAAACAAGCGCAGCUGAACAACAGCCGUAGGAUCUUGCCGCAUCCAUUUUCGUUCUCGCUCCGUUGCUGCUAGCAGCUCUGGGCGAAGUGUGUCGUACAUCACGCCAGGCGACGGAAAUUAAGAUUGAUUAUCGACUCCGACAAGAAAUCAAAUACGGGAAUGGUCCAGCGAAUCAAAAUCGAUACGCAUCUGCUGCGAGAUGAUCAUGAUUGAUGAAUACUGCAGCAAAGGGAAAGGAUUCGUCACAACAUGCAUCAAGUAGAGAAGUACUAGCUGCAGAGACAAUGCAAAGCAUAAGCGGAAGUCGGGAAUUCCACUAGCCACAGAAACGCCUGCUCUAGUCAGCGCACAAAUCCUCUUGGCCUCCAAGACACGUCGUGCGACGCAUUGCAGGGACCGUCGGUAAUGACCCUGUCGUGCGGCCGACAUUUUCACUUGAUACUCGUUCACUUUCAUUUGACGAGGAAGCGGAUCGCCAUUUUCCAUCCUUCUUCAAUGAUCUUAAAAAGCAGUUCGUUGGGCUGACGACAAUAUCGACGCAUUUUUGAUAUCGAAGAAGAUGUAGAUGAUAGAUUAGACACUCAUAGUUAAAGGUAUGAGGCUUUUGAAGAUGCGUCUAAUAAUGCGGGAAAUAUUUCGAUCUCUGUAAUGUAAUCGGCUCCCAUUUUGUCUCUACAUUAAUGGUUUGAAAGGGCGGUGGCAUAUAGUCUGAACGCAAAAAAGAAAAAAAUCUACGGUGGUCACGAGCGGCCAUACCAGGGGCACUCACAUGAACAGGAUCUCUGUACAGUUUCCAUCUACUUUUGGGUGAAGAAGAACAAGGGCUCGCCAUUACAAUUAUACAUCCGCAUUCUUCUCGUUCUCGUAGGGUAGAUGCAUUUGCGGCUUCUAACUACAGAUUCUCAAGAGAAAAUAAUGCCUUGCAGCAGUAACAGCAAUCACGGAUUCUGACA